AUGAAUGACUUUGAUGCUGGUCGUUUCUUUGACUUUGAAAAUGCUGACGACUUUUUAGAAAGUAUAUCUGGCUCUAUUAACUCCAAUAAUAAUAGUGUCAACAACAACAAUAAUAAUAAUAAUAAUGGUAAUCCAUCAGCCUUCCUUAUGGAUCAAUCCAUUAGUGGUGGACUCUUAGCUCCUGCCACAACUACCAAUAACAAUAAUGCAUUCCCUUCUGCUUUAGUGGGUGAUGAACCCUUAAACAGAUAUUAUUCCAAUAAUUCAGAUAAUACUUCUAUAGAAUGGAGUGAUAGCAACAAUAAUAAUAUCAUUAAUAAUGCUUUAUCUGAUUUAAGAUCAUUAUCAACCACAAGUUAUUCUCAAGAUGAUGGUAUAACUCCUCCCAAUGUUAAUUCAUCUAUAAGUUCAGUUCAUACAUCUCCUGAACCAACUAAAGUUAAAGUUGAAUCAACCACUUCAGAAGAAGAAUAUGAUUAUAGUGAAAGUGAUGAUCAAAAAUCUUUAACUAAAUCAUCAUCUAAAAAGAAUUCUAAAAAAUCUUCAAAAGUUACAAAACCAAAAGCUAAAGAUAAAUCUUCUCAUAAUAUGAUUGAAAAGAAAUAUAGAACUAAUAUUAAUUCUAAAAUUUUAACUCUUAGAGAUGCAGUUCCAUCUUUAAGAAUUACAGUUGGUAAAGGUGAUAUAUCAAUUUCUGAUUUAGAAGGUUUAACACCUGCUUCAAAAUUAAAUAAAGCUAGUGUUUUAACAAAAGCUACUGAAUAUAUUAAACAUUUAGAAGGUAAAAAUGAAAUCUUAUUACAACAAAAUUUACAAUUACAACGAUUAAUUCAAGAUGCUAAUUUACGUCCUCAACAACAACAACAUCAACAACAGCAAUUACCUCCUCCUCCUCAACACCAACCAUCUCAACAACAACAGCAACAACCACAACCACAAUUGGGAUUCUAUGCUCCAAAUGAUCAAUCAUUCUAUGCUGCUACUCCUUUACAACCAUCUUACUCAUCUAGUAAUGGAUUCAUUUUCACUGGUACUCAACAACAAUUUAGUCCACCACCACCUCAACAACAGCAACAACAACCUAAUAAAUUCUUAUUAGGAGGUAUGGCUACUGUUAUGGGUACUUCAUUAUUUGCUGGAACUGGUGCCAAUGAUUUUAAAGGAUUAAGUGCUUUACCAUUUGCUCAUUUGUUACCAUAUGCUUUAACUCAUCCAUCUCCAAUAGUUUUACAAUUAUGGAGUUUAUUCAAAGUAUUAUUAUUCAUGGGAUCUUUAGCUUCAUUAAUCAUACCCAUGAUUAAUAAAUCUGCUAAAAAAGGUGAAAAUCAAAAAGUUCAAGUUGAAAAUGAUCAACAAAAUUUGAUUGUUAGUUGGUUUUUAAUUAGUUUUGGAUUCCAAUUACCUAUUGAAUUAAGUGAUCAACAACGUGAUCAAAUCUUGUAUAGAUUAAUUCAUGGCUCAAGUUAUGGACAAUUAAUUCAAGAUUAUUUAUUAUUAUCCAUUAGUCAAAUUAAUUUUGAAAAUUGUUUAUUAAAUUUAAUUAUUGGGAAAUUUUUAAUUUUAAAAUAUCCAAGAUUAGAAACUUUAUUAAAUCGUAAUUUAUCUAUUAAGGGAUCAUUAAUUUUAAAUUUAGAUUAUAAAGGAUCUAAUAAAUCCAUUCAAAAAUUAAAUCAAUUAAUUAAGAAUUUUGAUGGAUUAUCAAUUUUAGGAUCUGAAACUUUAAUUUUAAGAUUAAUUAAUUUAAUUAAUGGUGAACAAAUUAAUUUUGAAAUAUUUGAUGGACAAAAUCAUGUUAAAUAUGUUGAAAUCUUUCAAGAUAAUAUUAAUAAUUAUUAUGGUAUAAUAUUUAAUUGGAGAAUUUUAGAAAUUAUUCAUCAAUUAAAUUUAAAUUAUUUAUAUGAUGUUAUUGAUGAAGAAAAUAAUGAUAAUAAUCAACAAGAAAUUUUACAAGAUUUAAUUAAAAUUGAACAAAUUUUAUCUAAAGAAGAUGGUAGAAUUUAUCAUUAUUUUAAAUUAUUUAAAACCAUUUUAAAUGCUAAUGAUUGUCCAUAUUUAUUAAAGGAUUUAAAUGAACAAGUUGAGAAAUAUUUAACUAAUUUUAGAGUAAUGAUGGAAGGUCAAGAAUUAACUGAUCAUGAAAUAUUUGAUGAUGAAGAAGGUGAUAAUGAAGAAGAAGAAAAUCAAGAAACUGAAGAAACUGAUGCUGAUCAACCAGUUAAAAUUAAAUUUAAACCAAGUUUAAAAUCUCAAAAAUCAUUAAUUACUUCAUUAAAUUUAGUUAAUGAAGAACAAUUUAUUAUUUUAACUAGUUCAUUGGUAUUAUAUUAUUAUAAUAAUAAUGAAGUUAGUAAAGCUAUUAAAUUAUUAAAUUAUUUAAAAUUAUCAUCAAAUGAUAAUAAAUUAACUUGUUUAAGUUUUACAUCAAUUAUAAGUCUUUUACAAUCAUUAAUUCCAGGUAAGAUUGAAGAUAAUGAUAUUUUAGAUAAUUUAAUUAAACUUUCAAGAGAAUGGUUAAAUGAAACUAAAUUUAUGGAAUUUGAAUUAAGAAGUGAUGUUAGUAAAUUUAUUAUUGAUAAAGCUAUAAUUUUAAAUGGUAUUGAAUCAAAUUUAUCUGAUAAUGAAUAGAUUUGAUCCUUUAUAAAAAAAUAUAACAAUAAUAAGUUUUAAUAAUGUCAAUUAGUUUUAUUCCAUCCUUAGCAUCAUAUCAUACCAUAUCAUAUCAUAUUAUAUCACCUUAUCUUCCCCUUUAUGUUAUAGUCAUUAGGAUUUUUCCUAAUUUUUCAAUUCAUUGGUUUAUUUCUAUUAUUACUACUUUGCUGCUUAUUUUACUAUUACUAUUUCUAUUUUGCUAUUUGCCGUGAGUAAUUACUUAUUAUUAUUAUUAUUAUUAUUAUUAUUAUUAUUAUU